AUGUCUUCUUCGUCUCAUGAUCUCGAGACCAUUUCGUCUUUGUCCCCCUCCACCUCAGCUACGACCGACUUUAAUUCUUUACCAACAGAACUUCGUCUCAAGAUAUGGUCACGAGCCAGUGAGCCCCGUAUCGUUCUAUAUGGUGAUCUGGUUCAAAAGAGCCGGUCUUAUCCCUUGCCUACCGUUACUCAACUCACUGCGGAAGCGCGAGAUGAAACCCGCGUGGGGUACGAACCAAUUGGUAAUGGAUCAUACUUCGACUUCUCCAGGGACAUCCUCCUCUGUGACCACAGGAUCUCAGAUCAGGUGACCGACCAGUACCUAGAUGGUCUUGCCCCGCGGAUACAGCGUCUUGUCUUCUGGGACUGCUUCCCUGAUGAUGGACGGGUGGAGGGACCCUAUCACUACUCUGUCUAUCUAUCGGCGUGUUACCGGCAGCCAGAUUUUGGGAAAAUCGAGUUCGACAGGUUUUGGUUUCCUAACGUGGAUGAUAUGUGGAUUGUCAAGGUGGGGGAAAUCGACCCAGCGUGGAUGGUCCAGGUGAACCCAGAAUUGCCAUACAGAAGGCGACUUCAACAGUUGGCGAAGCAGUUCAGAUACUGGGUGGACGAGAACAUCAUUGAGAUGGCACCCCUGGACCUGAGUGAGCCAGAAGCACAGGCUGUCUUGAAAGAUGGCCGUUGCGGAAAAGAGGACUGCCACGAACUCAACAGACAGCGCAGUAUCAUGCUGUCCAAGGUUGCCUUCCUCGACGGUAGAUACAGGGCCCCUAAUGACGGACAGAAAUGGAUCCGAAUCAUUUCAUGGCAAGCUGGUGAAGAGAAAGUCGUCUACGAAAACAGAAUGAGAUGGGUGGUUGUUGAGAGAAUUCUGACGUUUGAUUUGCAACGAGAUGGAUGGAGCGAAUCUGGAGUGGAAGUGAGACGACGUAGCAUUCAAGGUAAUUGA